UAUAAAUAACGGCCGUGUCUACGACAAACGUAUACUUCACCGUUGUAUCUCAACAGGACAACAACAACUCGAGUUCAACGCACAAAUAUAUACAACAACACAUUAUAAUAUUAUAUUAUUAUCAUUUGAUUUUUCGUUGACUUUUCGACUCGAGUUUUCCAGCCGUCGUUGUACAUUCGCGUUCCGUAAACGUUUUCGAUUCAUCGCAAAGAAGUUUAUAUAUUUUUUAUACAUAACUUACCUAUCAGUCGCAGCUACAGUGUCUUUACAGCGCAUUUGUUGGAUCCAUCUAAGCAGUCUUCAGACAACUCUAAUAAUAUAUAUAUCGUAUAUAUUCACCAAUUCACCAUGAUCGGAGUACUCGCAAUCGUUUUCGCGGUCCAAGCCACGGCGGUGCUAGCCGGCGGCGCCCGGUACCCGUCCGGACUGAACCCGGCCCUGUGUCCCAAUUACCCACACUGCGACAACGUGCUGUUGGCCGCGUACGCCCAACCCGCGGCCGGCAACGAUUACAACGACCAUUACACCAACAACAACAACGCCGGCCAGUAUUACGGUUCCGGUUACCAGCAUCACCCGUCCGAGGCGUCCAACUACCACAACAACCAACCGCUGGUCCCGGCGCCGUACACCGAGCCCGGUUACCCCGCCGGCCUCUCGUCGUCCAACUGCCCCAACUACCCGUACUGCUCACACCAGGUACCGGCCGAGGCGCUCAGAUACGCGCACAAGAGGUACCCGUCCGGCGUCAGCCCGCAGAACUGCCCCAACUACCCAUACUGUCACUGAUGGUCCAUCGCGUAUAAUAUAUUGCAAUAAUAAUAUUAAGACACUCGCGAUGUAUGAAUAUUAUGUAUAAUAUUAUAAUUAAUAUUAAUAUUGGAACACAUCU